GCCACCGUACCGACUCACACUGGAGCAGGAACACGGGCAGUCAUAACGCGAUUAUGUCUGGAUUUUCGCAGUGUUUGUCCAACACACGGAGUUGUAUUUUCCAUCGUGGGCUAUACAGGUUGAUUUAUUAGUGGACGCUGUUAUGUUAUUCUAUGGGUAGCUGGUAACAUAGCAGGCCUGUUUAUUGCGCUGCCAACCCUUGUUCCUUUCCUGUCAAUGAUUGUCCUCCCCUCACUCUCAUGGCGGAGACUAAAAUAAUAUAUCACAUAGACGAGGAGGAGACUCCUUAUCUGGUCAAGCUGUCCGUUUCUCCAGAGAAAGUCACCUUAGCGGAUUUUAAAAAUGUCCUCAACAAUCGACCGGUCAACAGCUACAAAUUCUUCUUCAAAUCGAUGGACCAGGAUUUCGGGGUUGUCAAAGAAGAGAUUUCCGAUGACAACGCCAAGCUGCCCUGCUUCAACGGGAGAGUAGUGUCCUGGUUGGUCCUAGCAGAGAGUGCUCACUCUGAUGGAGGAUCUCAGUGCACAGAAAGCCACCCGGAGCUGCCCCCUCCUCUCGAGAGAACAGGGGGUAUUGGAGACUCACGGCCCCCAUCCUUCCAUGCCAACGCAGUGAGCAGUCGUGAUGGCCUGGACACCGAGACGGGUACAGAGUCCCUCCUGAGCCACCGCAGAGAGCGAGAGAGAGAGCGCGCACGGAGGAGAGCUCGAGAAACAGAGCUCCCUCGCAUCAACGGCCACUCUAAAUCAGAGCGCACUGCAAGGGACUCGGCCAUGGGUUACGACAGCGCCUCAGUAAUGAGCAGCGAGCUGGAGUCCAGCUCGUUUGUUGACAGUGAGGAAGAUGAAGAUGCUAGCAGGCUCAGUAGCUCCACAGAACAAAGUUCUUCUUCACAGCUGAUGCGCAGACACAAGCGCCGCCGACGGAGGCACAAAGUGGCUAAAAUAGAUCGGUCUUCAUCCUUCAGCAGUAUCACAGACUCCACCAUGAGCCUCAACAUCAUCACCGUUACACUUAAUAUGGAGAAGUACAACUUUUUGGGUAUCAGUAUUGUUGGUCAGAGUAAUGACCGGGGAGACGGCGGCAUCUACAUCGGCUCUAUCAUGAAGGGAGGAGCUGUGGCUGCUGAUGGCAGAAUAGAACCUGGAGACAUGCUCCUCCAGGUGAAUGACGUAAACUUUGAGAACAUGAGCAAUGACGAUGCUGUCAGGAUCCUAAGAGAGAUUGUUUCCAAAACUGGUCCUAUUAGUCUUACUGUUGCCAAAUGUUGGGACCCGUCCCCACGAAGCUACUUCACUAUUCCUCGUGCUGAGCCGGUGAGACCCAUCGACCCGGCAGCCUGGAUUUCACACACUACCGCCCUUACAGGACCUUACCCACACUAUGAGUUUGAUGACUUGCCUCUAUCUACAAGUAAAACGGACAUGGCAACCAUUGUCAAGGUGAUGCAGUUGCCUGACUCUGGUCUAGAAAUACGUGACAGGAUGUGGUUGAAGAUCACCAUCGCCAAUGCUGUCAUUGGUGCUGACGUGGUGGACUGGCUUUACUCCAGAGUAGAUGGAUUCAAGGACCGGCGGGAUGCAAGGAAGUACGCAAGCAGUAUGCUGAAACAUGGCUACCUGAGACACACUGUUAAUAAGAUAACCUUCUCUGAACAGUGCUACUACACCUUCGGGGACCUCUGCCAAAACAUGGCAUCGCUCAAUUUAAAUGAGGGAUCCAGCGGCGGAGGCUCUGAGCAGGACACUCUGGCACCGCUUCCUCCCACCAGCAACCCCUGGCCCCUGGGCGGCCAGCCAUUCCCCUACCCUCCCUUUCCCUCUGCACCCCCCAGCUUCCCGCCAGGAUACUCAGACCCUUGCCACAGUUUCCACAGUGGGAGUGCGGGCAGCCAGCACAGCGAGGGAAGCCGAAGCAGUGGAUCAAACCCCAGCGCAGGCAAAGGCAGACGCUCCUCCCCACAGGAGAAGGGUCACAGGUCAACAUGCAGCGAAUCAGAGCCUGGCGUCCGUGGAGGGAGGCGCGGUGAUAGGUCCGCCAGCCAAAUGAGCCAUCACAGCCAUGCCGUCUCCAGUCACAGUCACGCACGAUCAAGUCUAAGUCACAGUCAGUCACACAGGAGCCACUCCGUCUCACAGAACAGCCAUCCCUCCUUCACCUACAGCCACGCACCCUUUACCCAGCCAGGGCCAGGCUCCUGUGCCCACAGCGAGCGAAGUCAUGCCUCCUCCUACGGUCCCCCAGGCUUGCCUCCCCCAUAUUGUCUGGCCCGCCUGGCCCCUAAGACCUCAGUCAGCAGCACGCCACCUGGAGCCCCUCCUGGGAGAGAGUUAGCAGCCAUUCCUCCUGAGCUGACCGCAAGCCGCCAGUCCUUCCAGCAUGCUAUGGGCAAUCCCUGUGAGUUCUUUGUUGACAUCAUGUGACAGGACAGUGCCUUUAAAACUCAUAGAGCACAAAACAAUUCUCCCCGAACCCACUCGGUCCCUUCUCUCUUUCCUCUCAAUCUUUUGCCCCUGACCACCUCUAAAUUCAGAAUGUAAACACUGACUGGUCCACUACCUACCCCACUACUAUAUGUCUAUCCCUCUGAUGUCUAAGCAAAGGAAUAUGGGCAGCAAGAGCACAACAGGAGGGAGUCAUCACUCCACACAAGCACUGGUCCACUGUGGCUGAAAACCCUCUUUUGUAUUGACGUGACGUGUACAGUUUGUGAAACGUGAGUGGUAUUCAAUGUGGUGAUUCUUUAAAGCUGCCACGCAGACAUUCACGGGAAUGUGUAACUAGGAUAUUUUCUGUUCUGCAAGACCUUUAAUCUGGCUGGGCCUGGAUCUCAAUCCCCCAGACCCAGACCAACAUUACAUCUCGCAAUUAAGAACAUUUCUCUUGGCCUAUAACAUGGACUGGAUAUCCUGACUCAUGUCUGUGCAUACUGAUAAAACUCAGCCCGUUACACCAAACGUCUGGCCCUGUUUCCUUCAUGCUGUGGCAUUGCCACUGGCUUAUUUAGCUUACCUGCCAACUAGUAAAACGCUAACCUUAAACAGUUCACAAUUGGCGGAUUUCUUCAUCUUCAUAAGGGAGGCCCUGUAGCCAGCCAUUAGUUUAACUAGGCUGCAUAUUGCAUGACUGUCUCAACUGCUUUAAAGAAAAGAAAUUUUAUUAAUAAAUAUUGUUUAAAGUAUUACCAUUAUUGGGGGGAGGGGUCGCCUCUUGCCAAUGUUUUAAAGGAAGAAUCCAUACACUGGAUGAUUUUUGUGAUGUUAUUUAUGUGAUCAUGUUGCAUUGAUGGUGUCAUACUUUGUCUACCACAGCUGACUGACUGACAAUCAGACAUCACCCUUUGUGACUCAGUGGCCAGUUUCCACUGUCUUAGCUGUGCUUUGUCGAAUGUAUCAUUAUUCCUGUCAGUGAUUGAACCCUGACAUCCAUAACACUUUGGUUUAAACCCAUUUAAGCAAGCAAACCAUUUUGCAAACCAGAUUGCAAACAGUGGACACCCACCACAGCUGUGAAAGCAAACUCAAAGGGUUGACAUUAGUUAAACCCGCUUUGUCUCCUUCGUAGCGAGUGUGAGCUUCGAUAAAAGUCUGUGCGAUAAAAGCCAAAGCCUCACACUGUGUGGUGGACAUUUCUUUAUAAUGUGGGAGCUGUUUAUGAUGUAGGUCUUUUCAUGAUUAUCAUCAGACACUUCUCAUUUUUUGACUACAAAGUGACUUCAAGGGGAAUCCUAAUCUUCAGAUUCUGAUGCCCUUGCAAAACAAUGGCAAACCCCUGUUGUAUCUACCUAAAAUAUAGCUACAGGAGGGAAAUAACACACACACACACACACACACACACACACACACACACACACUAGUUUUAUGAGCACUUUUCCAUUUUGUCUCUCCCUCCCUUUAGUAUGAAACACUGUUUGCAAUCAAAGCUCUCUUUAAUUUUGUUUCUUUACAAAAGAAGA